AUGGAUGGUCCCAAAAAGCUUUUGAUUUUGGUGGCUAUGGUCCUUGUUUGUUCCUCCACAACAACUGCACAUUCAACAUGGCCCAACAAAUGGCGUGUGGACAUCGUCAAUGGGUUGAGCAGCGGACAGACACUGUUCAUACAUUGUAAGUCCAAAGACGAUGAUUUGGGAAUACACAACCUUGCAGUCGGAGCUAAGUUUGGUUGGAACUUCAGAGACAAUCUUUGGGGAACAACAUUGUUCUGGUGUUACAUGCGCAAACCGGACAAUGCUAAUGCUUCUUUUGAAGUAUAUUGGGAUGACAAGAGUAAAGAACAAUGGCUAUAUAAUUUUUGCAAUUGGGAGGAUUGCAUUUGGACCGCCAAAGAUGAUGGAAUUUAUAUAAAAAAUAUCCUGGGGAAUAAGGACGAGCUAGCUCACAAAUGGGGAUGA